GCUUAUGUGAGAUGACGGAGAAAGCUUCGAGAGAUUGACAGUGUGGAGGUUGACGAAGGGGAGGUAUUCAGUGACUUAGAGUGUGAUUGAGGCAAGGGAGUCAAAAUGAGUGAGGAAGGAGAAUCGAGGCGUGGGAAUGAAGGGGGCAUUUCGUUACCACCAGAUGAAAGACAGUGUUACAAGUGUGGAGAGAGCGGGCAUUUCAUCCGCGAUUGUGCCGAGUAUAGGAGAGCCUUGGCACAAGGAAGGACUUUUGUCCCAUCGGCAUUGCCGACAAUGCAGACUAGAACUGGCAGAACUACUACCAGUGGCGAAAACCUGAGUUCUCGUCGGAGCCGGUCGGUGGAAAGCUGGAACGAGCGAAAUACAGAAAAUACCGAGAUGCUCAUGCAAGAAUAUUUCAUACAGAUGGCCGAGGAGAAAAGGGAGAGGAUUGAACGUGAAAGGGAGGCUGAGAGACGGAGGUUAGAAGAGGAAGCACGUCGGGCCAAAGAAUCAAGGAGAGCACUAAGAGAGGAGCAGAGACUUCAACGUGAAGAAGAACGAGAUGCACGGCUGAUGCGGAUCAUUCGUGGUGAGAUGAGAAAGGAGCGGGAUGAAGAAACGGAGUGUUACGAGUACAAAGGGAAGAGACCUAGUAAGAUGGCGUGUCAGGCUGAGGCUAAUAAUGAGGAGAAAGAACGCCUUCGGAGAGUGAUUGCACUAAGAAGAUUGGCAAUGGAGGAAACCGAGGACGAGGUGUUGUUGGCACUUCGAAGGCAAGCAGCGAAACUGGAUAUGUUGGAGAAAAGGAAACGGGGUCUGGACUUACCUGUGGGCUAUGUGACACCCGCGGUCUAGGCCACGGGCAAUUCGGACGCCUCGACCGAAAAAGUCGGCCGCAGCCGCAGCCGCCAGGCCUAGUUUGCAGCCCAAUUUUUUGAAUAUUUUUUUUGGGGUAAAAAAAUAAGUGAAAAAAAAUAUAAAAAAAUAUAUAUAUAAGGGGUUGUAGGGUUUUGAAAGCCCUAAAACCCCAUAUUUGUUUUUUUUUAAUUUGACUUUAUUUAUAAUUUGUAAAAAAUAAAAAACGAAAAUCGGUUAAAAAGAAAAAAAUCAUUUGUAAAAAAUAAACAACGAAAAUCGGUUAAAAAGAAAAAAAUAAGAACAAAUAAAAGAAAAGCAG